UACCUGAAGCAGAGCUUACUGAGCGCGUUCUCAUUUACUGAAACUACCUUCACGGGCGACAGGAAGACUUUAGGAAGAGAGUUCGCAGAGGAAUAUAAUUAUUGUUCUUUUCAUUUUUUGUUUUCGAUCGUCUACUUGCGGGGAAUACUAAAAAGAGGAUUUAGCCCGAUGGGGACCGCUCGGUUCGCGGUUUUUGGUGCUUUCAUCGUCGUUUUUCAGGUCUCAGCACUAGUGAUAGCUGAGAGGCCAGCAUGUGUGCCUGGGUUUGAGUCAGAUCUGCUGGUUUUCAGAGUGUCCAGGCAACACCUGAGGCCGGGCAUGAGGCUGGGCAGAGUGCGCUUCACCGACUGCACAGACCGCUCAGUAUUUCCUUUCAGCAGUGAUGACAGUCACUUUGGCUUAAAGGCAGACGGUGUGUUAAUGGUAAAGCGACAGGUUGUUCUUCAUAAAGGACACCGGACCUUCUUCAUCCACUCCUGGGACUCUGAAGGUCACAAAGUAACAGUUCCAGUCAGUGUGGUUCACCCUGAGCAUCACCAUGGGCACCAUCACCAUGAAGACCAGAUAAACUACAACCAUGAGCAUCACAGUACUGAAGUGGACUCUGCUAACAGCACAGAGACUGCAACUGAUCCACAAGUGCCUGUUCUGCACUUCCCCAAGUCUGCUGAAGGGCUGAGGAGGAGGAAGAGAGACUGGGUUAUUCCUCCACUCAGUGUUUCUGAGAAUCACAGAGGACCCUAUCCCCUAAAAGUAGCUCAGAUCCGUUCCAAUGAAGAUAAAACCAAGAAGAUCUAUUACAGCAUCACUGGUCCAGGAGCUAAUCUGCCUCCUGUUAAUCGUUUCACCAUGGACAGAAACACUGGCAAUCUGUAUGUCACACAGCCACUCGACAGAGAGGAAACAGCCAAGUACACAUUUGAAGCACAUGCUGUGGGAGACGGAGAAGGAGUCGUUGAGGAGCCCAUGGAGAUUAUAGUCAAUGUGAUUGACCAAAACGACAACAAACCUCAGUUUAUCACUCAGUACAAAGGAGAGGUUCCUGAGGCCUCUGCCGUCGGGUUUGAGCUGCUCACGGUUGAGGCCAUAGAUUUGGAUGAGCCAAAUACUGACAACUCAGAUAUCCGCUACCGUAUUCUGAACCAGGAUCCACAACUGCCCAGUGCCCACAUGUUUGAAAUCAACUCAAUCAGUGGAACCAUCAGAGUUGCUGCUGCUGGACUCGACAGAGAGAAAUACCCACAAUACACUCUGACAGUAGAAGCAGCAGAUAUGAAGGGAGAAGGCUUAAGUGGACAAACAAAAGUAAUCCUCACGGUGACGGACAGCAAUGACAACGCUCCGGUCUUCACUCAGCUGUCUUAUAAUGCACUGGUGGAAGAAAACAAAAAGGAUGUUGAGGUUGUUAAGAUGUCAGUAACAGAUGGUGAUGAACCCCAGUCUGCAGCCUGGAAUGCUGUGUUCAAGAUCAUCAGUGGUGAUCCUGAAGGACUUUUCACAGUCAAAACAGGACCUAACAAACAGGAAGGAAUCAUUUCUACUGCCAAGGAGCUGGACUUUGAGAGGAGCAGCAAGCACACUCUGUUGGUUACAGUGGAGAAUGAGGUUCCUUUUGCUGUUCCAGUCACCACUUCCACGGCCACAGUGGUGGUGAGUGUGAAGGACGUGAAUGAAGCUCCAGUCUUUGAUCCAAAGGAGAAGCUUGUGGUGAAACCAGAGAACCUUGCUGAGAACCAAGAUGUGGUGCAGUACACCGCUUCAGACCCUGAUACUGCACGCAAGCAGACAGUCUCGUACAAGAUGAUCAGUGACCCUGCAGGCUGGCUGAAUGUGGACAAGGACACAGGCCUAAUUAAAGUGAGAAGAUCCAUGGACAGAGAGUCCCCCUUUGUUAUAGACAACAGAUACAUCGCAAGAAUUGGUGCAUAUGAUAAUGAUGCAGUCCCAGCUACAGGAACUGGUACUCUGAUCAUUGAGCUGGAAGAUGUCAAUGACAAUGCUCCCACCAUUGAUCAGCGUGAAAUCCAGGUGUGUAACAAGGACACAGUUCCUCAGCUGCUCUCAGUAACAGAUAAAGAUGGACCAGAAUUUGCGGCUCCAUACUCAGUGUCUCUGCAGGGCUCGUCGAAGGCCAACUGGAUCGCUAGGAUGAAUGGAACCAGAACAGGCAUCAUCCUGACUUUAUCCACUGAGCUGCCCAGUGGAGAGUACAGUGUGUUACUGAGAGUGGGAGAUAAACAUGGCCUGGAGCAGGAAAACACCAUCAAAGCCAAAGUGUGUGACUGUAAGGGAGCAGAAGUGACGUGCACUGAUCGUGCUAUAGGGGGCACCAGCCUGCCCCUUAUCCUGGGAAUACUUGGAGCCAUCCUGCUGCUUGCGCUGGUGAUGCUAGCACUGCUGUUUGCAAGACAGAAGAAAGAGAAGAAGGAGCCGCUGCUGCAGGAUGAUGGCAUCAGAGACAACAUCUAUUACUAUGAUGAAGAGGGAGGUGGAGAAGAUGAUCAGGACUAUGAUCUGAGUGUUCUCCACCGUGGUCUGGACAACCGGCCCGAGGUGUUCAGGAAUGACGUGGCGCCAAACUUCAUGCCUGCUCCUCAGUACCGGCCUCGGCCUGCCAACCCAGAAGAGAUCGGCAACUUCAUUGAUGAUAACCUGAAGGCAGCAGACAACGAUCCCACGGCGCCCCCCUAUGACUCCCUGCUGGUGUUUGACUACGAGGGGGGUGGCUCUGAUGCAGGAAGCCUCUCGUCUCUGAACUCGUCAGGCAGUGGAGACCAGAACUAUGACUGCCUCAAUCAGUGGGGCCCCCGCUUCAAGAAACUGGCCGACAUGUACGGAGGAGGUGAAGAUGAUGACAUGCUGUAAACGCGCCGUGUGGCUGCGUUUGUUUAAUAUGUGAAAGCAAGCCAAGAAAGCGACUUUCAGCUACACAUUAGUGGGACGCUUGUUUCUGUUUGUGUGUAUUGUGGUUUGCCUUUUCACUGCAGUCCCAUUAGCAGGUAUCAGCCAAUGCUCAGAAGCCAAAGGAUGAGUUUUUGUUUUUUAAAAAUCCAUGAGUUGUUUUGAAUGCUUCGUCUCUGAAUGCCUUUUUUACAUCCCCGUUUGACCUGUAGGCUAAAGGCUAAAAUGCUUUGUUACUUUUCUGUUGAAUGAGUGCUGGAGCCACAGUGCACAUAUUUGAAUCUGCUGGAGCUUUCUGGGUGAUGACAGAGACUCAGAGGUUUGUCAGUCACACUUAAAAUAUUUGCUUAUACUAGCAAACAUGUUUCUGUUUGUUCUGUAGGGUUUGUGCUGUUUUCCAUUUGUUUAUAAAGUAGAAAUGAUCAAAUCCAGGAAGCUUCGCAGUGCCACAGCACCCUUUGACCUUGUGCUCAGUGAGUUAUGAAUAAAUGCUUUUUAAAAUUGUUUCUCAGGCAUCUGUUCAGUAAAUGUCUUUAUUACAAUGCUUUGUCAGAAACAAAAUCUUAGAGGUACUUUAUUAUAAAUGCUUUGUGAAAUCAGGGUUUUUUUCUUCAUUAAAAUUGUCUUAAUACAA